AUGACCAAGACGCAAUCCAACUUCUCUCAACUAAAGGACUUCCUGGGAUAUCUAGCCACAGUGAAGGGGGAUCUAUCGAAUAUCACCGCUCCGCCUUUUGUUCUCUCACCAAAAUCUGUAACCGAAAUCCCUGCGUCAUGGGCAGAGCGCCACCAGCUCUUCUUGCAACCGGCAGUAGAAGACGACCCAGCCCGGCGAGCCCUGCUCAUCCUGAAGAACUUUGUCUGCAGCCUCAAGCGCCAAGUCUACAGUGCCGCCUCGGAAGAGUCAGACGGCGGCGCCAAGAAGCCCCUCAACGCCUUUCUGGGGGAGCUGUUCUUGGGCACGUUUGAGGACGAGGCGUCGGGGAGCCGGACACAGCUCGUUUCGGAGCAGGUGUCGCACCAUCCGCCCGUGACGGCCUGCUUCUUGUACAACCGGGACCACCGCAUCUCGUCGUCGGGUUACGUGGCGCAGGAAACCUCAUUCAGUCCCACCAGCGGCGUCACGGUCCGGCAGGUCGGACAUGCCAUCAUCCGCGACGAGACGCAUGGCGAGAGCCACCUCAUGACGCUGCCGGUCAUGGCCAUCAAGGGCCUCCUCGCUGGCAAGCCGUAUCCAGAGUUGCAAGGCACGUGUUACAUCUCGUCGAGUUCGGGGUAUCUGGCGACAAUCGAGUUUGAAGGCAAAAAGGCACUGGGUUUCGGCACCAAGAAUUGCGUCAGCGCAGAACUGAGGAAUAUUCGGGACGGCGGAAAGCUGCUGUAUGAGCUGGAGGGACAAUGGAACGGGAAACUUACCAUCAAGGACUCCGCUCAAGGAUUGAAUCUUGAAGAGUUUGAUGUAGACGAUAUGCCGCACACCGAGCUGUGCGUGAAGCCGCUUGAAGAGCAAAGCCCGUGGGAGUCUCGUCGAGCAUGGGCGGGAGUUCUAGAGGGCAUUCGCACGGGCGACAUGCGAGCCGUAAAUGACGCCAAGAGUCAGAUCGAGGAGGCCCAAAGGGAGAUUCGCGAGGUUGAGCGCGAGGCGGGUGUCGAGUGGCAUAGGGUCUUCUUCACGAAUGCGGAUUCGCACCAGGAGUUUGAGGUUUUGGCGGGACCGAUACCCGAUGAUGAUGCCAAGAGCCUUCGACAAGAACGAACGGCAGGUGUCUGGAAGUUUAUCGGCAUCGAUGCGGCUGAGAAGAUUCUCGAAUCUGGAAAUUUUCACUCAUCUCUUGAGCCUACUGGCCAGCCAACACGACACACGUAG